AUGGGGCUGGCUGGCUAUUACAGAAGAUGGAUGCAUCAGAGGGAUGAGUUGUGGGCCAUGCUCUUGCAGGAGGUGGAGGGUGUGGAGCGCCCCGUGCUCUACAGUGAUGACAGAGAUGGGCUUGAAAAGGCCACAGAGAAUGCCAUAGGCUUCGCCUGUGGCUGUGGUUUCACUGAAGCUGUGAUCCGAUUGGUCGUCUCUGGUCUGGUGGGCGUGGCUGCUGUUGCUGUGCUGGUUUAUGAGGUGCCCAAACGAGUAGAGGAACAGUGUGGGUCCUCUCAGGUUUUUGGAGACAUGGGUGCAAAAGAGCUACUCCCCAUUUUGCCAUUGAUAGGACACACUAGAGGUGAAGAUAUUUUCCAAGAUUUCAUGGAAUUUGUCAAGACCCAAUUGCUCCUCUUCAAACUCAUCUCUAUCACAAAUAAUGGUGCUCCAGCAAUGGUGGGCUGUACUAGCGGGUUCAUUGCAUUGUGCAAACAGAGUGAAUAUUUCCCGAACAUCCAUAAUUACCACCGUAUAAUCCACCAGCAGGCAUUGUGUGGUGUGUUUGGUGUUGAGACAGAUGUUUCAGUGAUGGAGGGAGAUUCUGUCACUCUAAAGAUUGAUGAUACUCAAAUACUGAGAGAUGAUCUGAUCAUGUGGAUGUUUGGACCUAAACAAUUCCCCAUUGCUGAAAUCAACAGAGAUGAUAAUAAGAUCAGGUUAUAUGAGAAUGUGUCUGAUGGGAGAUUCAGAGGCAGAAUUCAGAUGGAUCAGACUGGAUCUCUCACCAUCACAAACAUCAGAACUACAGACUCUGGACAAUAUAAAUUAAUCACCAUCAGCACAGAGACCCCACUGAAAAUAUUCACUCUUACUGUCUAUGCUCGUCUGCCGGUUCCUGUCAUCACUUCGGACUCGUCACUGAAUUCUUCAUCAUCUGAAAGUUCAUCUAAAUGUGUGUUGGUGUGUUCAGUGGAGAAUGUGACACAGGUGACUCUCUCCUGGUACAAAGGAAACAGUUUAUUGUCCUCCAUCAGUGUGUCUGAUCUCAACAGAAGUCUCUCUCUACAUCUGGAGUGUGUCGAUGAUUCUUACAGCUGUGUGAUCAACAAUCCCAUCAGAAACCAGACUAAACAUCUCAACAUUACUGAAGUCUGUCAGCCGUGUUCAGGUGUGUUUGGUGUUGAGACAGAUGUUUCAGUGUCAGUGAUGGAGGGAGAUUCUGUCACUCUAAAGAAUGAUGAUACUCAAUUACUGAGAGAUGAUCUGAUCAUGUGGAAGUUUGGACAAAUCCUCAUUGCUGAAAUCAACAGAAAUAAUAAGAUCAAGUUAUUUGAGAAGGCUGCUGAUGGGAGAUACAGAGGCAGAAUACAGCUGGAUAAUCAGACUGGAUCUCUCAUCAUCACAAACAUCAGAACUACAGACUCUGGACAAUAUAAAUUAACCACCACCAGCAAAGAGACCCGACUGAAAAUAUUCACUCUUACUGUCUAUGCUCAUCUGCCGGUUCCUGUCAUCACUUCGGACUUUUCACUGAAUUCUUCAUCAUCUGAAAGUUCAUCUAAAUGUGUGUUGGUGUGUUCAGUGGUGAAUGUGACACAGGUGACUCUCUCCUGGUACAAAGGAAACAGUUUAUUGUCCUCCAUCAGUGUGUCUGAUCUCAACAGAAGUCUCUCUCUACAUCUGGAGUGUGUCGAUGAUUCUUACAGCUGUGUGGUGAACAAUCCCAUCAGAAAUCUGACUAAACAUCUCAACAUUACUGAAGUCUGUCAGCCGUGUUCAGAAGACUACACCUGUGGUUGUGGUUGUGGUGUCACUGAAGCUGUGAUCCGAUUGGUCGUCUCUGGUCUGGUGGGCGUGGCUGCUGUUGCUGUGCUGGUUUAUGACGUCAGAUCUAAAAGUGUUGGACAGAAGACGAGAGAACAGACAUCAUCACUCAAGAGCUGAAUGCUCCCGGGGUAGGGAGGCUAGCUGACCCCAUCCUCUGGUGGUGGUGUUUCCU